UGAGUUUUUGUCUGUGGUGGUGGACUUAUGAGUUGUGACCCAAAACCAUGGAAUAAGCUUAUUUCAAGGACAGUCUUUCUCUCUCUGCCUCUUAAAAACCACACCCUUUUCUUCUUUCUCUUUCAAAGCUUCAGUCUUUUGCUUAAACACUCCCCCUUGUUCACACCUUUUUACUUUCUUUUGCUUCUUGUUUCCAAGCACCCUUGUCUUUCUGGUUCUCUCUUUUUGGCUUCUGUUUAUAUUUCAUCCCUUUGAGGAAGUAAAUUGAAUUCUAAAUUUUGGUGGGUUUUUCUUCAAAGUUUAAUUAAAAGCUCAAAGCCGUUCUUACAUUGUCCUCUUGUCUCUCAUAUUACAGUUUUAAUUGUAUUAUAUCCUUUCGAAAUCAAAUCUCAUAAUUAAUUUGGAUUAAUUAUAGAGUAGCAAAUGAUUAGAGACUUUGGAGUUAUGAAAUCCCAUCGGGAACAAUUGAGAGUUGUUGCAGAGAAAUGCUUAGAUUCACAGUUAUGGCAUGCUUGUGCUGGUGGAAUGGUACAAAUGCCAUCUUUGAAUUCCAAAGUUUUCUACUUUCCUCAAGGACAUGUUGAACAUGCCCAAGGGAAUGUGGAUUUUGGUCAUUGCAAGAUUCCUGCAAUGAUUCCUUGCAAGGUGUCUGCUGUUAAGUACUUGGCAGAUCCUGAAACUGAUGAGGUUUUUGCCAAAAUUGGGCUAAUCCCUUUGAGUGAUAGGGAUUUAGUGUUUUUAGAAGCUGAUAAUGAUGAUGGGUCGUUUGAUGGAAAUGCUUCUUCUCAAGAGAAGCCUGCUUCUUUUGCCAAGACCUUGACUCAAUCUGAUGCUAAUAAUGGUGGUGGGUUCUCUGUGCCGCGUUAUUGUGCUGAAACUAUAUUUCCAAGAUUAGACUAUAGUGCUGAGCCUCCCGUGCAGACCAUUCUUGCUAAGGAUGUACAUGGUGAGAUUUGGAAAUUUAGGCAUAUUUAUAGAGGGACUCCUAGGAGACAUUUGUUGACUACUGGCUGGAGUAAUUUUGUGAAUCAGAAGAAGCUUGUAGCUGGGGAUUCUAUUGUUUUCUUGAGGGCAGACAAUGGAGAUCUCUGUGUGGGGAUUAGACGCGCUAAGAGAGGGAUUGGUGGUGGAAAUGAAUGUCCAUCUGGGUGGAAUUCAUUUGGAGGUUAUUCGGGUUUUUUGAGGGAAGAUGAGAGUAAAUUGAUGAGGAGGAAUGGUAAUGGUAAUGGGGAUAUGAAAGGGAAAGUGAGAGCUGAGUCUGUUAUUCAGGCUGCAACUCUUGCUGCUAAUGGUCAACCUUUUGAUGCUGUUUACUAUCCAAGAGCUAGUACUCCUGAGUUUUGUGUUAAGGCCUCGGCUGUGAGGGCUGCAAUGCAGAUUCAGUGGUGUCCAGGGAUGAGAUUCAAAAUGGCUUUUGAGACAGAAGAUUCAUCCCGGAUUAGUUGGUUUAUGGGAACAAUAUCUUCUGUUCAGGUUGCGGAUCCUAUUCGUUGGCCUAGUUCUCCAUGGCGGCUUCUACAGGUAGCAUGGGAUGAGCCGGAUUUACUCCAGAAUGUGAAGUGUGUUAGCCCAUGGCUGGUUGAAUUGGUAUCAAACAUGCCGGCAAUUCACCUAUCACCCUUUUCACCUCCAAGGAAAAAGUUGAGACUUCCACAGCCUCCAGACUUUCCGUUACUCGGCCAUUUUCCAAUGCCAUCAUUUACCAGCAACCCCCUAAAUUCAAACAGUCCCUUAUGCUGUGUCUCAGAUAACAUUCCUGCAGGCAUACAGGGAGCCAGGCAUGCUCAGUAUGGACUAUCUUCAGCAGAUCUCCACUUCAACAAACUGCAGUCGAGUCCGUUUCCAGUUGGGUUUCAGCAGCUCGAUUGUGCUGCUCAAUUUUCGAGAAUCCCCAGUUGCAAGGUCUUGGGAAAUACUGAAAAUAAUGAUGAUAUAUCUUGCUUGUUGACAAUGGGAAAUCCCACAACGGCAAGCUCAAAAGAGAACAGUGAAACUAAGACACCGCAUAUCUUAUUGUUUGGUCAGCUCAUUUUCACCGAUCAGCAGAGUUUUCAAAGCUGUUCUGGUGAUACAAAUGGAAAUAGUUCAUCAGAUGGAAAUCCAGAGAAGAUGAUAAAUCUUUCUGAUGGUCCUGUUUCUGCAUUUCAUCAGGCUAUUCCGCUGGAAAAUUCUUCAGAUGAAGGGUCUCCUUGGUACCAGAAAACUGAUCUUAGCUUGGAGACUGGUCAUUGCAAGGUGUUCAGAGAAUCAGAUGAUUUAGGUCGAACACUGGACCUUUCUGUCUUUGGUUCAUAUGAGGAACUGUACGGAAAACUGGCUAACAUGUUUGGCGUCAAGCGAUCAGAUAUGUUUAGCAGUGUGCUUUACCGGGAUGCAGCAGGUGCCACCAAACACGCAGGAGAUGAACCAUUUAGUGAGUUUUUGAAGACAGCAAGGAGGUUAACGAUUCUUACAGAUUCAGGUAGCGACAACAUAGAAACAUAGAGAACGAUGAACUUCAACUGAAAUUGUACAGUUUAUUAAUCCUAUCACUGUAACUUCCAACUUUUUUUUUAGUGGGGAAUGUGGGAGAAGCUCACUUGAUCCAAUUUUGGAAUAUUGUAGUUAAUUUUAUUUUGUAGAACAGCUUAAUUAUGAAAUGAAUUUCUUCUCAAUAGGUGAUGCCUAAUCUCAGUAUGCAAA